AAGACAGAACCCAUUUUGCAUCCAAAUAGCGGAAGAAAUUAGGGGUUUUCCACCGAUGCAAAUUGCCAUCAAUGGAGGGAGAUAAGAUGACGAAAACAGAGUGGAAUGGAGAAAUUGGUUCACGGGCAGCACAACAGAGCAAGGAAAAGCUCGAGGAUGAAUAUUCCGCAGCGAGGAAUGGCAGCAGUUUUCCAUUCCAUUCCGAUGGAAUUGGUUCACGUGCUGUUUCAGCAUCUUGCUUAAGUAAUGAGAUGUCCUUCCUGAUCUCUUCUGCUCCCUGCCUAGCAUUUUCAGCCUCCGACACCAACUGCUGGAGUUUUAAGCACAUAUCAUCGUACUCUCCUUGGGGAUCUCCUGCAAGAGCUGCGUCGAGCUGUGCUUUAUAUCUCUCCAAUUCACUUUGCAAAGUUUCAACUGUUAAUUCUGCUUCCGAUGCCUUGUCCUUCAAUUCAGAAUGGUCCCUCUUGACAUUAUCAAGCUCCUCCUUAAGGAAAUCUACUGAGCUUCUCUCUGUUCUUGCAAAAGCUUGAUUGCCUCCGUUGUUUCUUCGAGCUUUUCCUCGAGAAUUUCGCUAGCAUCAAAUUCUUCUUUUAAGGAUUUGAUUUUCAGCUCUACUUGUUCCUUGGUUGUUUGGUGAGAUUGGAAGCGAGCCUGCUUUUCUUCACGAUGCUCAUUUCCUUCUUCUUGCGCCUGAAGAGUGGCCAACUUGACCUCUCCCAGUGUAUCGCGUAAGGUGAUGAUUUCACUGGAAAUUCAAGUUAGCCUGUCUCGGUAAACUUGGGUGAGGUGCUGGGCGUCCGCAGCCUCUUGAAAUGCAGCUAGUUUUGCUUCGAGGACUUGAUCAAAAUCCUGUCGGAGGGUUGUAAGCUCUUGUUUAGCAGAAAUGAGCUCAACAGCGGAGGCCUUGUAUAGUUCUCUUUCGUUGUUGACGUCCUGUUUCCAAGCAUCGAUGCCCAAGGUGUUGUCUGCUGGAUUUGUGUUCCUCGAGCUCCUUGGCUCUUUGCUUUGCAGCUUCUGUUUCCUCGAUAGCCGCUUGCUUGGAUUCACUAAUGAUUUCGAGCUUGUUUGUCAGUUCCUGUAGCGUUCUAUUGGCUUUCUCCAGUUCCCGGAAAGCUUGAGCUUUUGUGGUUUCUGUGCAUUUGAGUCGUGCCCUGAAGUCCUCCAGUUGCUUGAGGGCCAAGUGAAGAACGGAUUCUUUCUCGAGCACUCUCUGCUCCCCACCUAACCAAAAAAAAAAAUCACUAUUCCAUGGAGGUAAAAGUGAUGGUGGCUGGCUGUUCGAUACUACGAUAGAUUCUAUGUUCAAAAAAAAGAAAAAAGGGCUGCUUUAGAAUACUAGGACAUUAUACCUCAUCAGCAGCAGAGGAAUUUUUUGGCUUUCUAGAUAGAAGGGGCUGCUUCUUGUUGUUGUCGUCGUUGUUGGACCUAGGCGAGGUUGCAGCAUCACCGAAUAAGCUAACCGUGGCCUUGACAGAUUGAAAUGGAGCGCUGGUGUCCACCUCUCCCACCUUAGUUCUUGGAGAGCCUUCAUUGCUGGAUCUUGGAGUUCCCACUAUUGGUUUCGGCGAACCCGCCGGAAUUGUAGAAUCCAAGGAACGAGUUCGUAUGUGGAAUCCGAACAUUGUAAGAAUUUCUUUUUCGGAAGGAAAUUUUUUACCCACAACAAAUUAAAUCACCAUAAAAAAUUCAGUCUUGCU